CAGCACUCAGCCAGCAUCCUCCGCUGAAAAUAGGAGAGAGGGCUGGCACCCAUCAAUCUAUAAAUAGCACCGUUGGCACCACUUCCGUCGGGCUAGAGAAGAAUAACUUGCACCAAGAAAGUUUUCAAUCUGCGAUUAAAGUAGGAUUAACAUCAGAGUUUGCAGAAGUCUUGUGCGAUGAGUACGUGGUAGACUUCAUGUGUUCCUGUGAUCCGACAUUCACCCAACAAACAGCAGCGGAGCGCCGGAAGUCGUGGAAAUCAGGCCACCUGUUGCAAGCCCAGGAUGGAUGCUACAGAGACUCUUGCUUUGAAGACCUUGUCCGAGUUCAACCCUCCCAAUUUAGGAGAUGAGCGCCACCUGGAUCUGUUCCUGGACUUUCUGCUGACGGUGGCGCUACCAAGUGGCAUCGGUCUAAUCCUGGCAUUCUGCAUGGCAAUGUGCAUGUGCAGUUCCGGCUCCAGUCGGAAGAGGAAGUUAGAAUCUGAUGAUGAGCAGUACAGCCGGUAUGAGUCCGUGCGUCGGGCUUCGCUCAGUCUCCGCCACAUGUCGCAGAAGAGAGACACGCCCCUCAUGAACAACGAACACUGCAUGACCCUGGACCGUGACCACCGACAUCGCCGCGGGUUCCGGCCACGGGAUGCGUGUCAGUCAGCUCCUGGAACUCUCCAGAGACAACAUCGUCAGCGGGCACACUCCGACUCCCAGCCCCCUCCUCCUGCCUACAGCCCCCCACCUCAGUACCCGGGCAACGAAGAUGACCCUUUCAAUUAUGAUGACAUCCCGAUGCAAGAGUUGCCUGGUCGAGGCCACAUCAACACUGGCGCCUCCACCUAUAAUGGCUACAUGACAAGAUGAACAUCAUCAUUUCCACAUGUAGCAGACACCAGUGAUGGAGGGUAGUCAGCAAGUGGAGGUCACAGUCCGUCUGGUUCACUGGCCAUCUUGUUCAGCUGGCUUCAUAUACCAUAUUAGAAUAGAUCUUAAGCAACCCAUGCUUGUCAUAAGAGGCGACUAAUGGGAUCGGGUGGUCAGACUUGCUGACUUGGUUGAUGCAUGUCAUCGUAUCCCAAUUGCGUGGAUCGAUGCUCAUGAUAUAAAUCACUGGAUUGUCUGGUCCAGACUUGAUUAUUUACAGACCGCGUCAUAUAGCUGGAAUAUUGCUGAGUCUGGCGUUAAACAACCAACAAACAAAUCAUAUUCCAUACUGAUGGACAGAAAUAUGUAAAGAUGUCAAUGGUAGACACCAGUCAGUGACUUUAUCCUCUAGUCUGAAGCCCAAGUCUACUAAAAUUCUGUUUGGUCUUGUAAGCUCAGUCAAUUAGUGCCAAUAGAAUAACACCAAUAUCUAUAGAAAAUUGUGUUACAUGCCAUCUUCGUGUUUGUAGACUCAAAUGUUACAACUUAUUGCGUCUAGAUGGGAAGCAGACUGUGGAACCUGACCAUCCUUUAACAAUAGUGAACACACACAUCAACAUUAGUCUGGGGCAAUAUUGCCUUUAUCAUCCACAGGAGAUAUCGUUUGCCAUGACGUCACAAUCAAAUGACAUCACUGAUUUCUCUGCCAUUGAUGCUGGUUAGCUGUACUUUAAACACACAAAACACUUGAUAUUACUGUAUACAAACUGAAAAAGUUGGAAGUAUGAUUUCGGAUGAUAAAUAGUGUCUUUUGAUAUCCAUAUAUCAACACAAGUCGAUGAAAGUUCAAAUCUCUUAAAAGUUUAAAAAAAUAAAAGAAUUGGUUCUCAGACUAUAUCUUUUGAAAAUAUAGUGCGGACGGGCAGUUUUUUGUUUGUUUUUGUGUUGGUUUGUUUGUUCAAACUAGUAUGUAACCAAAUAAACAAUUGUGUAACCAGAAAGUAGUUUAGUACAAUCAACCUGGGAGAGGGUUUCCCUACAUAAAUGUGUUCCUUGAUGAGUAAAAUAAUGGAUUACAUUAUUUGACUUCAGUUGGACUUGUAAUUUUUAAGGAUUUUUGUUGUUUAUUUUAAAAUGGAAAUAAAUGCAAAAAAUUGAUGUGCUGCAAACUUUAUGAUGAUGCAUGCAGUGCCUGAGAACCAAGACUAUUUUUUUUUAGGCUUAUCAGUAUAUGAAGAUGGGGUGCAAUGUCUGUGAUGGUUUGUCUGUCCCCAGUCUUGUCUGUCCACGAAGCCUACUUAGCACUAAGACUGUUGUAUCUCCCAUACUUAAACAUGGACUUAGUCGUGUGCUAAGAUUGCUUUGGGGAACGGAGCCCUGGUGAUGUUCUUACUAACCUGGGGCCUGUACAAGGUGAUCUUAGCAUUGAGACUAUCGUAUCUCUCAAACACUACCAUAGGCCUGAACAGUUGUAGCACCGAGAUCGCUGUGGACAACGGGGCCUUGGACUGAUGGCCAGGCUAUGAUUGUUGCAGUUUCCCAUUCUCACACCAUCAUCAUGGCGCCACAGUGGCUCCAUAUUUUUAUACCAUGGGAGGAGGCAUGUGCUGUUCUAUGUUCAAUAAACCAUUCAAAUAUUUAUAA